AUGGAAAUAAAUCAGUCAAGUGUUACAAUAUUCAUUCUUUUGGGAUUUAAUCUUCCCCAAAUGGAAAUACUACUCUUUACACUGUUUUUUAUUAUAUACAGUUUGUCUAUUGUGGGAAACCUACUUAUUGUUCUACUUGUUGUAGCUAACCAACAUCUUAAUACGCCCAUGUACUUCUUUCUUGUGAAUUUGUCUUGUUUAGAGACAUGUUACAUUUCAACCAUCUUGCCCAGAAUGCUGGCUAGUUAUGUAACUGGGGAUAGAUCUAUAUCUAUCUACGGGUGUAUGACACAAUACUACUUCUUUGGUUUUUUAGUAUCCACUGAAUGUUAUCUUCUGGCAAUGAUGUCUUAUGAUCGAUAUUUAGCAAUCUGCAAACCUCUGCAUUAUGUAUUUGUCAUGAAUGGUAAACUCUGUCUCCAGUUAGCUGUCACAUCUUGGAUGAGUGGUUUGCUGACCAGCACUAUCAUAAUAGCUUUUCUUGUACAGUUAACUUUUUGUGGACCAAGUGAAAUUGACCAUUUCUUUUGCAAUGUGAAUCCAGUGGCAAAUAUUUCCUGCAGCAAUACACACUUUGUAAAGCUUGUUACAUUUGUUACAGGAUCCAUGGGUAUAUGGACCACAUUUAUCCUAACAAUGACCUCCUACAUCUGUAUAAUUUAUACUGUGUUCCAAAUGAAAUCUAAAAAAGCACAACAGAAGGCCUUCUCUACCUGUUCAUCUCAUCUCACUGUAGUUUCAUUUUUCUUCCUUUCACUAUUGCUUGUGUAUGUUGUCCCUGAAACAGAAAGACUGAAGGAGCUACAUAAGAUCUUUUCCCUGUUCUACACUGUCCUGCCUCCAAUGGUCAACCCCAUUAUCUACAGUUUAAGAAACAGGGAAGUGAAGGAAGCCUUCUUUAAAACUUUUACAAAAUAUAUCAGUAGUUUUUUUAUAACAUAA